AUGUUCGGGCAGAACCAACCGCGGUCUCACCACCCUCACCUGGCCUUAUCCAAAACCGAAUCCCGGAAACAGGUACCACAGGAAAACUGUGUUUACAUGGCCAUUGCUCUGAUGGGCGGUCUGAUGCUGAUCACGAAACCCGCGUUGGUUGUCCUGGCAUUGCUCCUCGUCGGCUACGGCCGGUUGUACCAUGUUGAGCGACACGAGAAGUCUGCGCGGCCCUGGUCGCGCGAGCAUCGCUCCGAGCCUUACUCACUGCACUUGGGGCCUGGCCGGGAAGGGCCCGAGCAGAUGCGCGCAAGUUUGCACGAUCUCACCAAGGGGCUGAGUCUCCCGAAAUCUGCAAAUGUCUACAAUGUCCAUGUCCAUGACCUCUACCUCUACCUCUAUGUCGAUGUCUUCCGCCUCCGCAUCACCAUCCGGCGGAAUGAGCAUGGGAGACAGCUCUUGCAAGAUCUCCAUGACCUGGAACUGGUAUACAGCUUCAUCUCCAAGUCAUGGCAGGUCAGCUCGGAUGGUAUCUUUGCGCUCUCCUGCAUCGGCGUCAUUCUGCUGGUCAUCUCCCUCGAGUUCCUACGCCGCGUCCAGCGCGAGUACGACAGCUGGAUCCGCCGCAAGGACCAGAAGGCCUUCGCCCUGGCUGCUGCUGUUCGAAAUCGCGACAAUGCGGCGUGUGCCUCAUACGAGCAGGAAGCGGAUCCUGGAGGGAAGACAGCCACGAACACGAGCAUGAGUCCGCCACUCCCGGAACGACCUCUCCUUCGUCGUCCGCAACGAUCGGCGGUCGAUCGAAUGACCCUCCUCCAACGCCAGUGCAUCCGCUCGCUCAUCCACAUGGUGCAGUUUGGAGUCGCGUACUUUAUCAUGCUGCUGGCCAUGUAUUAUAACGGGUACAUCAUCAUCUGCAUCGUCAUUGGCGGCUUUCUCGGCUGCUUCAUCUUCAGCUGGGACCAGCUCUUGAUCGACUCAAAAGACAAGCCCGAGCCCGCCGAUGUUACUGGUUGUUGCGGCUAG